AGUCUAAUCAUCGGCGUGUGUGUGAGUGUGUGUGCCAACGCGUUGCGUGAGUGCGUGUGUUGCUCACAAAUACAAAAUACAAGUGAUAUAAGAAAAGUACAAAAGAGCUCGAUUACAAUACGCGACUCCAAUCUGCCGCCGCAGACAAAGGAUAGUUAAGAAACGCAAAUACAGUCACGACUCGACGAUGUCAACCGGAAGACCCAUAAAAUGUGUCGUCGUUGGUGACGGUACCGUCGGAAAGACUUGCAUGCUAAUCUCCUACACGACAGACAGUUUUCCCGGUGAAUAUGUGCCUACAGUCUUCGAUAACUACUCUGCACCCAUGCAAGUGGACACAAUACAAGUGUCGCUGGGUCUAUGGGAUACAGCCGGCCAGGAGGACUACGAUCGCCUGAGGCCGCUCUCCUAUCCACAGACAGAUGUAUUCCUGAUAUGCUACAGCGUUGCGAGUCCCUCAUCGUUUGAAAACGUCACCUCUAAAUGGUAUCCGGAGAUCAAACACCAUUGUCCCGAUGCGCCCAUCAUCUUAGUGGGCACUAAAAUCGAUUUGCGUGACGAUCGCGAAACGUUGAGCGGGCUGGCCGAGCAGGGCUUGACGCCGCUUAAGCGCGAACAAGGUCAGAAGCUGGCAAAUAAAAUACGCGCUGUUAAAUAUAUGGAAUGCUCCGCCUUAACGCAGCGCGGCCUCAAGCAGGUGUUCGAGGAGGCGGUGCGCGCGGUGCUGAGACCAGAGCCAUUAAAGCGACGCCAGCGAAAGUGUUUAGUUAUGUAAAUAAGCAACGAGGAAACCGACUGCGGAGAAUACUCAGCAGAGGGGAAGCGUAAACAGUGAGACAAAGAGACGGAGAACCAGAGAAUAAAAACAUGAAGCGACCCUCAUCUCUAACUAAGCGUGAACAAAUCAACAAUCAGCUGACGAACAAGAAGAGAGAAGAACUUGAUUCAUUGAGCAUUAUCAUUUCCUUUAACAUAAGCAAAUAGUUUUGAUUCUGUUUAGGUUGAAAAUUUGAUUUAGAUCAUCCAUUUGAAAAUCGCAUGGCACAAUAUUAACAAAAUGAGAAACAAAUAACAAGAAAUCCCUCCUUAUUAGAACUAAAGUGUAACAAGAUGAAAGCAGCAGUUAAACCAUAUAUAAUCCAUAUUGAAAUCUAGUCAAUUGAAUCGAAUCGAAUGUAUUAAAUAACAGCAGCAGCAACAAAUUAUAACGAAUUGAACUAAACAUAAACAUAAAGGAAACUUUGGUUUCGCAUAUCAGAGAAUAUUUAAGGAAUUCCUAUUUUGUUUGUUUUUUAUCAAAUGUAUUAUAAUUAUAAAGUAGCCCGGCGUUUCCUAGUUUUACACAAUAACCAAAAUACUUGACGAUGAGCUCUAAGAGAAACAAAUACGUGGAAAUGAAACAAACAAGAUGAAAUGAAACAAAAAACUCGUUUAUACGAUAUUUUAGCUUAAAAAAAAAGCAUUUUUCUACUAUUUGUAAUAAUCUUAAUUAAUUAAUGCUCUUUUGAAACUUGUAACAACUGUUGUUUAUUUUAAUUUAUAAUAACUUAUUUAUUGUCCCUAACUUAAAUAAUGCAAUGUAAAAACAGAAACAAAAAACAAAAAAAAAAAAAAAAAGGAUAGCGAAAAUGUGUAAAUGGAAAAGGCAAAAACUGCAUUUAAAUGUGACUUGACUCGAAUCAAAAAAACAA